AUGUCCACAUCUCCACCCGCAACCGGCACCUCCACCGGCGCCUCCACCUCCCGCCCCUCCUCCCCCAAACCCCCGGGCGGCCCCGCAACUGCUAUCCGCCGCAAAGCCGCCGCCGAGCGCGCCGACCGCGCGCAGAAUGCCCGACCGAGCAGCACGCGCGCGGCGGGCGCCGGUGGGAGUUCCGGGACGAUGUUGAAGUUGUAUACGGAUGAUUCACCGGGGUUGAAGGUCGAUCCGGUGGUGGUGAUGGUGUUGAGCGUGGUGUUUAUUGCGAGUGUGGUGGCGUUGCAUGGAUCCUUGGCUGGUGAUGCAGGUGGGGGCCAUUGUGUUGAGGCAUGCUACGGUGAAGAGCAACGGAUCACCGAAUAG